UAGGCUUUUGCGUGGGAAUCUAGGAGUUAGGUGCAUGGUUUUUAUAUUGCCCUAUACGAUGUUUUCUGGCUGCUUCCAAGCAGUAUCCAUCUACAUUGGCAGAAUGCAGAUGCAUCCCUUCUCUGCUUGCGUUAGCAAAAAAUCCACACUCAUUCCGGAAUUGAGCAGCCUGACCAUAUCUUGCCUUAUGCAAUAGGGGAGAUUCUUACUUAGGAGUCCCACCCAGAUGGCUGCCAUGUGCACCAAAAACGUGGGGGCUCCUUACUUUUGGUACCAUAGUGGCAUAGCCCCAUGCUUUUGGUGCACAUGCAACUAUCUUGAGGAGUCACUAUGCAGGGCCUUUACAUGCAAUAGUUAGGAUGUAGUUGCAUGGUUUAUGCAGGAAGCAAACAGGUUUGUAAAGUGGCAUAUUUAUGUAUCGUGACUCUGGAGCUCAAAACUAUUAUCAAUCACAUGCAAAUCCAGUUGCUAAGGUCAUACUUUGAAUGGAAUGCACCCUUUUGUGUCUUGCUUUACGCUUUUUAUUCCAGAGUAUAAGAUCAGUUUGGAUUUGUGGGGUUUAGUAUUUUUUUCAGCAUUAGUUGCAGGUAAAGAUCCUAUUUUUCUGCAUGAGAAAUAGAUUUUCUACAUGGCUCGAGUGAUUAGGGAAAUAGAUAUAAUUAUGCUGCUUCUCUUUUGAAAAGAAUGCCGUGACAUACUAGAGUUCUUUCUGUUUGUCUCUUUUUUUAUUCAGGAUAAAAUCUUCAUGUUUAAGCUUGAUGGAGAAUUGAAAGUUUGUUGUUAGCUGUUGAAAGCUGUAUAAUAGUGAAGAUGUAACUAAGUUUCUUUGUUGAGGUACUUCAUUAAUGGGGCAGUUAUAUAAUAUAUGAAAUUUAGGAAAAAGAAGUCAGAGGAAGUCUGGUUUACAAAAGUUAGUUUGAUGCUUGAUUGACCAGCUCUAAUACCAUGAAGGAAAAGAUUGGAAGCCUCACUAAAUCUCAAGAUGAUAUUGGGACCUUAGGUUGUGAUGCAAUAGAUAUUGAGCACAUUCAGUCAAUUACAGGAAAGUGAUUCACCUGUUGCAAUUGAUUGUCCUUUCCCCUUGUGGGUUAGAUUUUAAUCUACCAGAAAGUAAAUUGGUCCAGUGUGGUAAACCAAAUAAAACACAAGAAAACUUUUGAGUUUUGAUGCCAUGAUUGUUGGUAUCAUAAAUUUGAUUAUCCAAAGGUAAAGCCUACCUCAAUUCUUGAAAGUGGUUGCAACGAGAAGCUUCCAUUUAUGUUUCCUUCAUGGUGCACUUGCAGGUUAAUCAAACCUUUUAUAAGCUUCUCCUUAUUCUUGUCUGUCACUCUCGCUUGAUUUCGUUGAACGACUUGACUGCUUUGAACUAUAAGAAAUUAAGGGAUUUGUCUAUUACAUGCUUACAUGGCUAUCAGAGGUAGUUUUCUGUGCAUUUUUAGUGGAUGAGAGUUGUCAUGGGUGUCUAAGCAACACAAUAAGUGAUCAAAACCAAAUAUGACUCCUCUCACUAGAUUGGUGUUUCCUCCAGCUCUUUGCUUUCCAACUUAUCUCCAUAUACUAAUCGAGUAUCAGGUAUCUAAAUGGAAAUGGCCAAGAAAAUGUGACUCGGUAGAUCCUGAGUUAAAUGAGCAUUUGUAUUUCGUUGGCAUUAUCCUCCAUUAACCUAAACUUCCUCUGCUGACUUUCAUCUUGCCGUUUACCUUCAACAGUCUCAGCCUGCUUUAAUUUGGAGUGGUAUAUUUGUAUUUGUGUGGAGAAGGGAGCUUGCCUGCUGAAACUCUUGAUCAAAAUUUCUGCUCACAAUACAAUUCCAGUCAGAUGCUUAUCAAUCCAAAAAUUUAACCUUUUGCAGCAUAUUUUUGUUGCUGCCAUCUCUUUGACCAGCUCACGCCAGGGUAGAGGUGGGCGUGUGAGUAAAGGUUGAGGGUUUGUUACAAAUUAAGGCAAUAGACAAAAUACAAUGCUAACCUACUGGAGCGUUCUUGUAGUUUGAAGUAACUCAUGAAAAACUUACAGAAAUGGUUAUGCCAAUGACAUGCUCCAAUGGAAGCAUGUUUCCCCCAUCUCCCUACAGUUUGCCGAUGAUUGCAACAGACAAUUUGGAGUAUGGCCUCGGGAACAUUGGAUCACCACUGAAUUCGGUGGCUUGAGGAUUAACCUGGUGCUGAAAAGAUUUGGCAGUAAUAUCAUAUUUUCCAAUGGGAUGCAAGAUCCAUGGAGCAGAGGCGGUGUGCUGAAGAACAUAUCAUCCAGCAUUGUGGCAUUAGAAACUGAGAAAGGAGCACACCAUGUUGAUUUUAGGUCUGCAACAAACAAAGAUCCAGAGUGGCUCAUCGACCAAAGGAGGCAAGAAGUGGAGAUUAUCCAAAAGUGGUUACAGGAGUAUUAGGCAGACAGCAAGCAAGACUAGAUAUAGAGUUCUGGGGAUAAAGCAACAUAUUGUCAUGUCUAAAUUUUGGUUAUUGGAGAGAUGCACUUCAUCCUAAAGAUGUUUGGCUCAAAAGAAAUACUCCAAAGGAGUGAUUUGUUGGGCAGAAGGACCAUACAACGUUAACUGGAUGUUCUUGAAUUAGAAUGAGGCACCAGAAUCAAUUGAACUUUUUUUUUUUUUUUUUAAUUUUUGGAAUGAAUUGAACUUGUUUUUAUAAUUGUGAGGGUAGUAACUCCAAUCCAGUAUCAUUAAUUGCUGGUGAUUUGCCAAUAAUAGAGAACAAUUCAUG